CUCAGCAAGAAUCAGCCGCUUACUUCUGCCGGUCCUUUCCCAUACUCUUACCUUUCGAUACAUCUUCGCGGCAUUUAAAGUAAUCUCCGAGAUUGGGCAACCGCACGUUACCUUCGCACUCGGUUCGUCCGCGACGCAUCCUCGUGGUGAUCCUCAUCCCUUCAUGGAUUAUCCACCUGGAACCGGCGACGAGGCGAUCGAUUGAUCGUCGAGGAGAGUACCUACCUGUCACACCGGCGAAGAUCCACCUGCUCCAGGGGUAGUUGAUUCCGGACCUGGAAGUUCCGAUCGGCAGCUGAGGUAGCUCGAGCCGAUUUCAUCAAAGUGGUGGGGAUUCUAUGGUGGGUUUCAUAGUGGGGGUAACGGAAGACCGAAAGAUCCGGGUGACACAGUUCUGCAGGCCGCUUCGCGUGUCAAGUUUUCCAGUUUUUUAACGCAACGGCUUUACCGUCGCAUUCAAACUAGCCUCAAAAACUUCGCGAUCGAAUCAAAUCGUCCCUACCGCCUUCCGCUGACUCGCCGUUCUCGGAGUUCCAACAGAGUGCUUCGUCAAUUUGUCCUCGUUCCUCCUUCUCAGCUGUCCCUCCAUCUCCCUUCUUCACUGCGUAUUAAAAAACGGACCUUGCAGAGGAGUAUAAACUUUGAGUGAUGUUCGUCAAAAUGAAGAUAAAGUGAAUCAACGAUAAAAGAAUGACGGAGGUACAUCGAUAUGGGUUGCCGGUUAUCGACACAGCUUGAGGGACCUUUCUACCGAUAAUCCUGUGCCGAAGUGCGCGACGAUUUUUCAAAAACGUGUAAAUAUUUUACAAACUUGCAAAAGAGCUGGAAUCAUCGAUUCGAUUGGGGAUGCGGAGUGACUAGCGAUACAAGCGAAUAUACAAAUAAAAAACACGAAGAGCGAAAAGUCAACGCAGGUAGAUGCCGAUGCUGUUAUAGAAUCGAGGUGAAUUAGGAGAAACGCGUUAUUCGGUGAGGGAUUUUUUGCCUCGGAGAAGAUCUCCGAGUCUAUCUCAGGGAAUGGAGAUGCGUACCGUCCUGGUGGCGAUUUGCCUGUUACUCGUUACUCCGAUCACCGGAUCUCUUUGGGUCGCUGGAAGUCAGGUCGUAAUGGACCCGAUGCUGGUGUGUAAAAAAACGCGAAGACUGAAGGGCAAGCUGGCCGACAUUUGUCGGAAGGAGCCAGCGCUGCUGAAAGAAAUUGUGAAGGGGGUUCAAGUUGGCACCAGGGAAUGUCAGCAUCAGUUCAGAAACAGAAGGUGGAACUGCACGACGGUCAGGCGUUCCCUCAGGAAAAUUUUACUUCGAGACACGAGAGAGACAGGAUUCAUAAACGCCAUCACGGCUGCUGGGAUCACUCACGCUGUCACCAGGGCCUGCACCAUGGGCCACCUCGUCGAGUGCUCGUGUGACAAAACUAUCAGCAAAGGUAGGAGAAAUCGCGGUGGAAAAGCAGCAAGCCGAGCACCCGAUCGAACCAAAAAUCCUUUGGCGGAGGGUGAAUGGGAGUGGGGCGGGUGCGGGGACAACGUGAAUUUCGGUUUCAAAAAGUCCCGAGAUUUCAUGGACGCGCCGUACCGGAAACGCAGCGACAUCAAGACGCUGGUGAAGCUGCACAACAACGACGCCGGUCGUCUGGCAGUGAAAAAUUUCAUGCGCACCGAGUGCAAGUGCCACGGUCUCUCGGGUUCGUGCACCGUUCGUACUUGCUGGAGGAAGAUGCCCCCGUUUCGCGAGGUCGGCAAUCGUCUUAAGGACUCGUUCGACGGGGCGGCAAAGGUGAUACCGAGCAACGACGGUCACAGCUUUAUAACCGAGGGUCCGACGAUCAAGCCUCCCGGUCGUUUCGACCUCGUUUACAGCGAGGACUCGCCGGACUUUUGCAAGCCGAACAGGAAGACCGGCUCCCUCGGGACUCAGGGUAGGCAGUGCAACGCCACGAGCCCCGGCGUCGAGGGCUGCGAGCUUCUUUGUUGCGGUCGCGGUUACGACACGAAAGUCGUCAAGGAGAAGGUCAACUGUCAUUGUAGGUUCAAGUGGUGCUGCGAAGUAACGUGCAACACGUGCGUCGUCAAAAUGUCGGUAAACACGUGUCGUUGAACGACGAUCUCGGUCUCCAGGUUCAUCUGACCCGUGUUUCAGAGAGUGACGAAAGAGGAAAGAAAAAAGAAAAAUCAAUACAUAGAGAAUAAAAAUAAGAAAGAAUAAUGUCGAUUCUUCUUCCGAUCGUUCUCAGGAAACCUCGUCGCGUCAUUUCCUAUCGUUUAAUCAGCGUUUAUAGACUCUGUUAUUUUACUGUUAAUACGCAUGUCUCAUUUCGCGUUUAACGUCACGAUUAAAUCACACACAGGUAAGCAUAAUUCACCGAAAAUUAUACGUUGAUAACACUUGGCCGUUCUGAACACUUCGAGGAGAGAGAAAAUGAGGUGGGAAGAGAAGGCGAGGGGGGAGAUAAUCGAUCUGUUUUUACGUACAUGUACAUCUUUUAUUUGUAAUUUGUAUGUAUAAAUAUAUACCCACACACACAUAUAUAUAUAUACAUAUAAUUUUGUCUUGCCAUAAUAAUUAUUGAUCGUUGUGAUGUAUGUUCUAUGUGAUUAAUUAGGUUAUUAUGUAUAAUGUGUAUAAAUUUCGGUCGUGUAUCGUUCUGCCCGAAAUUUGUCGGUCCCAUCGCGAAGCAUAGUCAAUAAAUUACAAUAGUGUAAGAGAUAUGGUGAAGAAAAAAUAUUAUUGCUACAUUUUUUAUUUCCUCUAAGCAGGAAAUCGUAUUUCGAUUUGAUAAAAUUCUUAGCUUCAUAUUCUAGCGCCUAUUCCAGCUUCUCCGUAUUUAAUCGAUGUAUAAUAUUCAAGUAUCGUCAGCAUUCAUCGAGCCGACUAAUAUUACAUAUUAUCCGCUGCUAUGGGUUGAAUAAUAUAUAUUUAAUGAUUAAUUGAUGAUAAAUUCGCUUAGCUAUGCUAUAAAAUAUGUAGAAAUCUGAGACUCAAUAGCUGGUCUUCGUUCAUUAAUUGUAUUACCAUCAAGUGCCUUAUAAUGACAACAAUAUUUUCCUAACUAUCCUCUGUACAUAAGACUGAUAUAUUAAUCUGAAAAAAUACAAAAAUGAAAACAUA